UUUCUCGCUUUUUUGCUGCUUUGGAAUGCUAAAGCACGAGUAGGCAGUGCAUGAUGGCGCUGAGUGUGCAAGACGACGAGACGGCUCUGGAACUUUUCAGGAGAGCACAUCAUAAGCCAUUGCUCACCGGACUAGCCUUUUUCGACGAGGUGCCAGCAGGGAGUGGCAGCAGCAAGACCAAGGACAAGGGCGUCGGGCGGGGGGACGUGGUGGAGCUGUACGGCCCCAGCGGGAGCGGCAAGUCGGAGGUCUUGAUCAACGUGGUCGCGCGGUGCGUGAUGCCGGCUUGGCUAGGCGGGGAGGAGCGACCGGCGGUGUUUUUCGACAACGACGGCAGGCUGAGCAUACUGCGACUGGAGCAGCUUCUCAAGGGGAAGAUCUCGAACAACACGACGUUUCAGGUCAAGAGCGCCUCGGGGGGUGUCGGUGGUGGAGGUGGGACGAUCCACGCUUCUCCUUCACGCCUGCAGCAGCUCCAGAGUGAUUUAGAGGACGUGUUGAUUGGGUGUCUUCGGCGACUCCGAGUCGUCCGUCCCGCCGGGUUGUUCGAGCUCCUGGCCGCGAUUGAGGUGUUGAGGUUCGAGCUGGGGCACCGGCCGGCAGUCGUGGUCGUUGACGGGAUGGGCUCCUUUUUCUGGCAGGACAAGAUGGCCCAGAGCUGCGGCGGAGAGGCUGUCUCGAUGCAGGGGAUCGUGGCGAAGGCCCUCGUGCGGCUAACAAUGGAGCGGCCGGUCGUCCUCUUCGCUGCGAAGAACGGUAAGGACCUGGGGGACGCGGCGACGGAGCACAGGGAGUACCUCCCGCAGAUAUGGCAGCGCGCGGUUACGUUCAGGGUUCUCCUGCAACGAAGACAGAAGCGCCCACCAUCGCCCCGCCCGCCUCCGCAAUCGAGCGGCGGCGGCGGCGGCGGCGGGGCCCUGUCGCUCUUCACGGCUCGAGUUUUGAGUCUUCGCCUAGCGAAGGGUAACUACGGUGGCGGAGGCGGUUCUUUUAAGGCAGCCGCAGCGGGGGCGGGGCGAGUUGGUCGUUACGGUGCGGGGGGGGACGGCGAAUCGAGACCGUAUUUUUUCGUGGUGACGGACGACGGUAUACACGAUGUUCCUGCGGCGGCCACGCUGGGAGAAGGGGAGGGAUGGGAGGGGCGCUGACUGCCAUAAUCUCUCUGAAGACCAGAAAUGGCUGCUGUUUACCUUGCUGUCCACGCGUUGUUGGAUUUCGAGGGAGGUUAGGUAUGGUGUCUAUAUAGUGUAGAAGUAGACUAUAUCUAUACCUGCACCAAAGACUAUGAACGGCAUUCUUUUUUUGUUGUUGCAAAAGUAUAAAAAAAUUCACGAUCAAAAGAACAUUGGAAGUUGUAUGCAACCUACUGCUGUACAUCCAAACCAAAAUGGGCAUUUGAAAUGUGUCGGUGUUUUGAACACGAACGUCUCUUGGCUGCGGUCCUCUCUACAUGCCGGCCGUUGGUGCGUUCUCGCGUCACUGCUGUGGUUCUGUUGACUUUUUGUGCGUGGGAACGAGCAAUAUAUCUCGUAUUCUCAGUCCUGAAGCCAGCAGUUCUGUGAGGGAAUGGAUCGGUGUUGCUGGGUUGAGGAACAAACGUCCUCGAACUCUCGCGAGCGAGAGAGACAGAGAAAGAUCGUAUCUGUGCCGUCACUGCUUGGUUGCUGUUCGCCCCACAGCAGUACGUCACUACUUGCGCCGCAAUGUCGGAGGCGUUUCCGCACACCGGGGUGACAAGCACACAUAGACCUGCCUCGAGAGUGCCUUGCAAGCUUAGCGCGGGUGCGAAGGCCACCGUCUCGCUCUCAGCCUAUCGUACGCACCAGUUCCCUGUGCGCACCGCCGUGCAAGAGGCGGCAGUGGUUGACUCUCGACAUGGCGAUCGGUGAACAUGUGAGGUGGGCCAUAUCAGCAUGCUGCCAAGCCGCUGCUCUCUUCAUGGCGGUAGCUCCUGCUGCUCCUGCUGCUGUGGCUU